AAUAAAGAGAAAUUACAGACAUCAUUGCAGUAUUGCACGCUGAACUCCCAUCUCCGAAGAGAAGAACUACAGUACCCCGAGUAUCUAUGGAGUAGAUUCUAAUACCUGAACGGAAGAAUCUUCUAGAGCUAAUCGACUAUGGCGACGGCUACUCACCUCCCCUGGGAGAUCAUCCUUGAUAUUCUCUGCCGAUUACCGGUGGAAGAUCUGCUCCGGUAUAGGUCCGUAUCGAAGCCAUGGCGCUCCCUUAUCGGCGGCCGAGAGUUCGUCAAUCGCCACCUCAAGCUCUCUCCGGAUUCCACGUCCCGGCUCGGUUUCGUCUUCGGCGGCAGAAACGGCCUCUACUGGACCUCUUUGAACGGUCUCAACUCGUUCGCGCCACUCACUUACCCAAUCGACGCCGGAGCAGGGAUCGCCGUUCACGGGAGCUGUAACGGAUUGCUGGCUCUUAUGAACCCUAAUUCGGAUAUGGCGAUUUGGAACCCUUCCACUCGGAGGUACAUAGUUUUACCUAUUUCAGAUCAUUUCCAAUCCUUUCCCUGCCACGAAUUCGAGGUUUUCCUCACCGGAUUUGGGUACGACCCAAUUAAUGACGACUAUAAGUUGCUAUUGCUGAUCGAAUUUCAAGGGCUAUUUAAACCAUCUUUUCACCGCGAUGUCAAGAUUUACAGUUUAAAUGCUAAAACCUGGAAGAAAAUUGAUAAUUUUCCUGCUAAUGUCUCUUACCGUCUUACCAACGGGGUACAGUUUGGAAAUUCUCUGCACUGGUUGGUGAAGUCUAAACCUGAUAAUUCCAACCUGAUUUUGGCCUUUGAUCUUGUCAAUGAAAACAUCCGCAAGAUUGAACUGCCCCAAAACAAUUGCUUUUGUGUGAAGCUGGUGAAUUUAGGAGGUUCCCUUUGUGCUGUAAUUUUAUCAAAGGUAGCUGCAAUGGUUGAGGUGUGGAAGAUGAAAGAAAAUGGAGUAGCUAAGGAGUCCUGGGCUAUAAUUUUCUCUGUUCCGUCCACAACUCCCACUCCCCCUUUCAACUAUUUCAUCCCGGUUGCGUAUUUGAAGAACGGCGAUCAGGUGUUGGUCCACGACAGUGAAAAACUAUUUGUGUUUGAUAUCAAAAGGAGAAAGAUGAUCGAGAGGGCUGUGGGUUCCGGUUUUCCUAAAAUUUGUGAUGCCCUUGUUUGCAUGAAAAGCCUUGUGGGACUUGAAUUUGCAGAAAUCACUUGGAAAUGGAAGAAGAGCAGUAUCAAGAUUAAUGAAAAGAAGAAGGAAAGUGGUAAAAAGAGAGAUGAUUUCCUUUCCAAAGGAUUUAAACUGGCAUUAUAAUUAAGCGGAGGAUGAAGAAGAAGAUGCGAUGCGGAAUUCGGGUUAAAGCAGCCAGCGGAAGCAAUUUGUUUUGGUCUCGAACACAAGAAUCAUGUUUUUGACAAGUUAUGAAUUGUGAUGAAAUUCUUGUUUUUUUGUUACUGGUGAUUAGUGAUGACUUGUUGGGAUGUUUUCUUUUUUCUUUUUUGUUAUCAGUCUUCCGUUAAAUAUAUAUGCUGCUGGUUU